AUGGCAGACCAACUUUCCAAUACUCAAAAAAUUGUUUCCUCACUCAUUGCUGGCGCCUGUGCAGGUGCCCUAGCGAAAACAACCAUUGCACCAUUUGAUCGAGCGAAAAUUAAUUUCCAAGUUAGAGUAGAUAAAUUUAGUUAUCGUCGUUGUUUUAAAUUUCUAAAAGAAUCAUAUCGAAAUGAAGGUUUUAUGAGUUGGUAUCGUGGAAAUUCAGCCAAUUUAGUUCGUGUCAUUCCUUCAGCAGCUAUUAAUUUUACAGCACAUGAACAAUGGAAACGUAUCCUUGGCACUGAUAAACACGAAAAAACUCCUGGUCGACGAUUUAUUUCUGGUUCUUUGGCAGGUGUUACAUCAGCAACGAUUACUUAUCCACUUGAUUUAGCACGUGCGCGUAUGGCAGUGACGAAUAAAACUGUGUAUAGUAAUUUAUUCUCCGUCUUUCUAAGCAUCCUAAAAAAUGAAGGUGUUACAGCUUUAUAUCGAGGUGCACUUUUAUCGUUAGUCGGUGUAUUACCAUAUUCUGGUUGUGUUUUUUUUACUUAUGAAUCGCUCAAACAUAUUCGUAUUGAUUAUCAUUCCCAUCGUCCCAUUAAUAAAGCUGAACGAAUGUUAUUCGGUGCUACUGCUGGUCUUGUUGGUCAAACAGUUUCAUAUCCAUUUGAUGUUAUACGACGUAGAUUACAAACAGCUGCUGUUAUUCGACCAAAUGAAGCAUCUUUAGGUGCUAUUGCAACAGCAAGUAAAAUAAUUCGUGAAGAAGGAAUCACACGUGGUUUAUAUAAAGGUGUAACAAUGAAUUGGUUAAAAGGACCAAUAUCUGUAGGUGUAUCAUUCGUAACAUUUGAUACCUUGAUAAAAUAUAUUCGUCGCUCGUCUUUAUUUUCUUAA